AUGUCACAAUCAGUGACAAUGGAUUGUCAGUACUGUAACAAGUCAUACUCGGCGCGCGGGAUCAAAUCUCAUGAACAAGGGUGUCUGAGAAGACGGGAUAAGAAGAAUGAUGACAAGGAUUUCGCGGCACUUGCAGCACGUGCAAAGCACGUCGAGAGAAAAGACGGCAUUAACUUGUUGCCUGAGCAAGAUCAACAGCCUGACAACUUCACUGCAGGUUCAGAAUCAGAUACAAGCAUGGGCAUCCCCGCGUGUACCACCCUAUCAUCGCUCCCAAUCAUGCCUUCAGCUCCUCCUAAUCUCGAUACUUUCAAGACGGAAUACCACCCACACAGCGGCCGUGCGACUUCUGUAGAGUCGUUCUCCACUUUUGGAUGCAAGGAGCAUCAGCUGCCGCCUAUCGUCGACAAUGAACCCUGGCAGCCUUUUGCUUGUUAUGCGGACUUUGAGUUCGCCAAACUCGCACACCAGGCUGCCUUGAACAAGAAUCAAACAGACGAGCUGUUGCGGCUCAUCUGGAGAAUUGCUGACGGCCAAGUGAAAUUCACGUUCAAGUCCCAUGGUGAUGUUUCAAAAGCCUGGGACAGGGCUGCCAGUCAAAUGUCACCUUUCGAGAAGCAUACCAUUACUGUUGAGCACAAGCGGGAGGACCUCAAGUACAACGUAUACACACGGCCGUUGUGGGACUGGGCCUUGGACUUGCUACAGGACCCGCUACUGGCACCCCAUUUUGUUUGGGAUGCACAGCGAUUGUACAGGCACAACAGGAUGUGUUACGAGCGCUUUGUACAUGAACCUUGGACUGGAGACUGUUGGUGGAACGUUCAAUCGUCUUUACCUGAAAAUGGCGUCCCAUUCGCAUUUAUAUUGUAUGCGGACAAAACUCAUCUAUCUUCUGCCGGUACAGUCAAAGCCUACCCUGUCUUCGUGAACACGGAUGGACUUGGCGGUGGGCGAAUGGUUGGCUGGCUACCAAUAGUUCCUGAUGAUUCUGAGGAAGAUGGAAAGCUCUCAUAUGUCAAUCUCAAACGUGUCGUAUGGCACAAGGCAUUCUUCAAGCUGCUCGAAACCAUCAUCAUCUAUGCCAAGGCAGGGUAUGCAUAUACAUGCUAUGACGGCGUCAUGAGAUGGUUGUAUGCAUUCAUCUUGCUCUUAUCGGCUGAUUAUGAGGAGCAGUGCGUGAUGGCACUGAUAUGGGGAACCAAUUGUCACUGUCCCUGUCCUAUCUGCCUUGUCCCUUCAGACAAGCUCUACAAUAACGCUUCCACUUAUCCGACUCGAUCAUCUGAUGACACGAAAGCUUUGGUGGAGCUAUGGACUAGGGACCGUGUAGCUGGAGAAAGCGCACUCAAAAAACAGGGCCUACGGCCUAUUAAGAACGUCUUCUGGAAAGUCCCAAAUUCUGAUCCUCAUGACACGAUUUUGCAGGACCAUUUGCAUGUAUAUCAUAUGGGUCAGUGGAAACAUCUCUUCGGCGAGCUCAAACAACACAUUGCAGCCCUUGGACGCAGCAAUGAGAAGAAACUGGAUGAUCACGAUGGUAACAAACUUCGGGAUAUCUCCAGGCAAGUUUUGUAUGCCGCACAGAACAUACUCACAUGCGCAGUGGAUGAAGCUGGCUAUGCACUACUACGGUGUAUAGCGAGCUACCUACAUAUCGACAUGUAUAUUUCACUUGACAUGCAGACUGAAAGCACAAUUGCUGCGGGAAGGGCAGAGGUGUUAGAGUUUCAGAAGCGCUUAGAGGACUACAUCAAAAUCGUCGAGGAGACUGAUCCGGACACGAUCAAGAACUGGAACUUUCCAAAGAUUCACUCUGGAAAGCAUAUAUUUGAUGACAUCAUGGCGAAAGGUGCCGCUCGGAACUUCAGCACUCGACCAAAUGAGAAGCAACAUGGACCGAUCAAAUGGUGGUAUCUACGGCAGACCAAUCGUAAGGAUAUUGCUGAUCAGAUCCUUGAGCUCGACCAUAAGAGUGUCGUCUCUGAAUUUAUUCGCAGUCGUAUCAAGUGCCUUGAUGAGGAACGACGCAAACUCAUGCUUUCACAGGAAGAACUGGAGGACACGGACUUGGAUGAUGAGAAAUUUGAAGAACAUUUUCAUAUUGGUUCACCCCUCAAGAAUCAAACAACCCUUUCGCAAGUGGAGGAAGAAAACAAGUCCAUUCGUGCGUUUCACCAGUUCCGGAAGAAACUCGCAACAUUUCUCAACCAUUUCCUUCCCUCUCACAACAUACCGCUGCCGGAAGGAACAACGUGGUUGAAACUUUCAGCACAAGACCAGAUCCAUGAAUAUCGAUACUUGAAAGUGCAUUAUGAGUCUACCGCUGACUGGAAGCUAGCUACUGACUACCUGCGAUGCAACCCAAGCUUCCAUGGCAAAGAACGGCGUGACUGCACUCUAAUACGCACACUGGACAAGGACGGCCGCGACAAAAAUAUAUUUGUCUCCAACCUUGUUGUCUAA